AAACCACCCUAAACGGCGGAGUUCGGACGGGUGCUAGAGUUGAGAGGGGUGGACCUCAGCAUUUCUUUUGAUUUAUCUGAUAAGUUUUUUUUAUCAUUGAUAAAUAAGUUUUGUUUUUGUCUGUAUCCGGUCCGUGGUUGGGAAGUGUAGUAGCAUAUAGCAAACGAGGUGAAGAUGGCGCUAGCUCUACCGGCUGCGUGCUCACGUCUGCCCGUAACCCCCUCGGCGAACGUGCAGAGACGGCGGCUCUCUAUUUCUGCCGCUCUAUUAUCCCCGCCGAGCAGAGGAGGAGAGAAGGCGGUGGAUUGGGUAGAGGCAACUGCCGAAUUCUUCGAAGAGGACACUCGCCCCAUCAUGUUGUUCGACGGCGUAUGCAAUUUAUGUAAUGGAGGUGUGAAGUUUGUCCGUGGUAAUGAUAGCCGGAGGAGAAUCCGAUUUGAAGCUCUACAGAGCGAAGCUGGCAAGAAGCUGUUGAGGAGAUCUGGAAGAGCUCCUGAUGAUAUUUCAAGUGUAGUACUUGUCGAAAAAGAGAGAGAUGGAUAAUCACAAAAAAUGUAUUACAUUUGGUUGUGCUUUGAUUACAAAUGAGGACAUCAAUUCUUCUACAUGGGGUAUGGAAACGUUUUUGAGGUGUAUGAGUGGUUGUCAGACUAUAAGUAUGAUAACAGAUCAAUACCCUCUAUGAAAUAGCUAUACCCAAAGUAUUUGACAAGGCGAAACAUAUACUUUGUGAUGAAACUAAUUUUCUUUCGCGUUUGAAUGCUGUUGUAUGGAAUCGUGAUGUAGAGUCAGAUGAAUUUAUCAUUGGUUGGUUGUCUAUCGUGUUAGAUUUUGGAUUAGAGAAACAUGAUUGGUUUCUAAUUUCUUUUAAUAUUAAAGAAAUGUUGAUUCCUUCAUAUAUUUAGACAUAUAUGUUUAGGUGAAAUCUUGAAAUCUAUUUAAAGAUUGGAGUGAAAAUAUUAUUUUUGGCCACGUUUUGGA